CGUGGUUGACGACUAGGUCACACACGCCUCAGCCGCGCUCCUGGCAUGCCACCGCCCACGGUCAACGCUGCCGGCGCUGCCCCUGCCGCUAAGGAAGUAGCCACGGCGGGCGAACGAGGCAGCCAGGACCGACUACCUCGCGGCGCAGUUAUGAGUGACGAGAGCACGGCGGGUGGCACGUGGCCGGCUAGCGGCGCGGGAAGCCACGACUCUCACCACAGCGACCCAGGCGUCAACGCCCUAACAUCGUUCACAAGAUCAGACGUCGCGGCCUUGGAAUCUCUUUCCAAUGGGAGAAGGCAGUCGGAAGCACAGAUUGCAUCAAAGCAACACCUCACCAGCACUCCUGAAGAACAUGGAGACACACAAUGCGGGCUGGGUAGUUGGCGACCCUCAUGGUUACAGCGCCUUGCCAGCAAAAAGGCAUAC